AUGACUUUCGAGCACGGGGCAGAUGUUGCUGGACCUUCAAAUGGAGAUGACAAGUCGAUCUACAAGUCCAACUCAGAGGAGGUCUUUGUUUCUGGAUCUGGAGAUCAUGAUGCUGUAUAUGGUGUUGGUGGUGUCGGCAAAACUCACCGAAGACUGAAAGCACGACACGUCACAUUCAUCGGUUUCGGUGGUGGUAUUGGAACGGGUCUUUUCGUCGGAACUGGAAGUGCUCUUGCAAGUGCUGGUCCUCUUGGUCUUUUGCUCGCCUAUUCCGUCGUCGGUCUGAUCUUGUGGUGUGUCAUGGAGUCAGUUGGUGAAAUCGCUACUCUGUUCCCCACUGCUGGAUCUUUCCCUCAUUUUGCUACCCGUUUUGUUGACCCUGCUCUUGGAUUUACUCUUGCUAUCUCAUAUGGAUACUGCUACACUAUCGCCAUUGCUUCCGAAGUCUCUGCUGCCGCUGUCGUGGUCUCUUACUGGACGGACAUAACCCCUGCUGUAGUCAUCACAGUCGGUCUCGUUGCCAUUCUUGCAAUUAAUUUGAUGAACGUUCGCUUCUUUGGUGAAGCUGAAGUUAUCACCGCAUCCAUCAAGAUCCUUUGCUUCUUGGGUCUGGUCAUCGUUUCCAUCGUCAUCACUUCGGGUGGUGCUCCCGAUGGAAAGUCCAUCGGGUUCCGCUACUGGCAUGCACCCACUGGCCCCUUCACAAAUUACAACGGUAUCACCGGCAGCAAAGGCAACUUCCUAGCAUUCUUUUCUGCUUUCAUCAACGCGAGUUUCUCCUACAUCGGUGUAGAAACUGUUAUUGUCGCCGCAGCCGAAACAAUGAACCCCCACAAGGCUAUUCCUAAGGCUGUCCACCGCGUCACCUACCGUAUCCUGUUCUUCUAUGUCUUGGGUACGCUCCUCAUCGGAAUGAUUGUACCUUCCAACGAUCCUAACCUCGUUUCUGGUACUGGUAACGCCAACUCUUCUCCUUGGGUUAUUGCUAUCAAGAACUCCGGGAUCUCAGUUCUACCAUCGAUCGUCAACGCUUGUAUCUUGGUCUCUGCCUGGUCAGCUGGAAACAGCUACUGCUACAUCGGUUCUCGUAUGCUUGUCGCACUCGCCGCAGACCGUCAAAUGCCCCAGUUCUUCGCCAAGGUCAACCGUCAAGGUGUUCCUUACUGGUCUGUUCUCGCAUCUUUCGCCUUUGGUCCUCUUGCCUACCUCUCUCUCGGCUCUGGUGGUGCUUCUCAAGCUUUCACCUGGUUGCUCAACCUCAGCACUGUCGCUGGUCUACUCGCAUGGAUGACCCUCUGUAUCUGCUACAUCCGCUACCAUCACGCCUGUGUUGCUCAAGGCAUCGACCGCAACACCCUCCCCAUGAAGGGUCGCCUCCAACCUCUUGCCGCCUACGUCGGCGCAAUCGGCAGUGGCAUCAUCACCCUUUUCUCUGGUUUCAGCGUCUUCCUCAAGGGCAACUGGAGCACCGGAUCCUUCAUCGCUUCUUACAUCGGUAUCGCAAUCUACAUCAUCCCAUACAUUGUCUGGAAAAUUGUAAAGCGCACACGUAUCGCAAGAGCAUCAGAGAUUGAUCUGGUCUCUGGCCGCUUUGACCCACGCGGCGCAGUCAAUGAGAAGGAGCCAGUGACGAAAUGGGAAAAGUUUAUUGAUUGGUUGCUUUAA